CGCCGAAGGAAUCCUCAAGCCCUUAUAUAUGCGUCCAAGAAGUUUCUCCUUAACUUUGCGCUCUCCUCACCGAGCAUGGCUGCAAUCAACACGGGGUGGAUUCUCUGCGUCUUUUCGCUCUGCUUCGGCUCCGUAUCCCAAGCUUUCCACUCAGCUCAUCAAGCACUAGAGGCCCAGGCUGCGCCCUUCAUCUUCAACGAGCUGUGUGUGAUGAAGGAGGACGCGGGGCCCUGCAAGGCCAUGAAGGACCACUUCUUCUUCGACAUCGACGUGGGCCGCUGCCGCCUAUUUGAGUACGGCGGCUGCGGCGGGAACGACAACAACUUCCAGACCAUAGAAGCCUGCGAGCAGACCUGCCUGGUGUCUGCCGACAAGAGUCCGUGUAAUCUUGAAGAGGCCCCUGGCCCCUGCCGGGGAAUGGUGACGCGCUACUUCUUUAACAGAGUGAGUCGCGAGUGCCAGCAAUUCUAUUACGGCGGCUGCUUCGGGAAUGCUAACAACUUCAGGAGCAUUGCGGAGUGCCAGGCCAAAUGUCAAAACCCUGUAACAGCAAAAGCGACCAAAGAACCAGUAGCAGCCGUUCGUGAUCUAGAACCUACCAACUCAUCGGAAAUACAGCCUCUGAUUAUCAAGGAAGAAGUAGUUAUCCAACUGGCAUCCAUCCCGGACAUCUCUGUGAGGCAGCCUGUUUUCAGCACCCCAAGCUUCUGCCUGCUGUCCAUAGAAGAGGGGCCCUGCCAUGCUACCAAACGGCGCUUUGCCUACAACCCCCUGACCCAGAAGUGCAGCAUCUUCCCCUAUGGAGGCUGUGAGGGAAACAAGAACAACUUUGUGUACAAGAGGCAGUGCAUGAAGAUCUGCAUGAACGUCCAUCAUCAUAGGUCGGGGAUGAUCAGAAUAAAGAGGAAAAACAUUGUGAUCCAGCCUGCUCUUGGUUAAAUCCACUUUUAUUGAUGCCUUUUUUAUAUUGGUCUUAGACUCAUUGUUUUGCAGCCUGACCUGCAUAAAAACGUAAAAUUAAUUAGUCCAAUACAACAAUACAAUACAACAAAGUCCAAUACAAACUCCAAUGUGUCACCCACACCUAACAUUCAUGAUACUGCAAAUGCAAGGGGAUUUCAUCAGUAGGCCACAGAAUCGAUCAUCAUUGUGUUACCUCAUUCUACAAUAGAAAGAGACAUAACAGACAUUAACCAGCUUGAAAAUCUCCAAAAUUACCACUUCACGUCUUCACACCCCUCGGUUACCUUCUAUUCCUUCAAGCCAUUUUAAUUGUCCGACUCUAUUUACUCCUGUACACUCACGUGUCCCCGGAUAUUACCAAUUACUGACGUUGACAUAUAUAUUUAUGUACUUUUUGACAUUUUCUUGACAAGAGAUUUUGAUGUGUAGUGGAUACAUCCUGAUGUGAUAUAUUAUUGUUAUUUAGUGUUUGUAGAUCCUAUUGUCCACUCUUUGUGUUUGCUUUUAGUGAACAACUAUGAUAUUUUACUGUUUACUUCCAUUCGAUAAUAAUACUUUUUACUGAUUUUGACAAUAAAACAAAUAUGUUUUUGCUAAUGUCUGUUCCACAGUUACGGUCUCUCAAUGGGCUUUUGUCAAUGUCUUUCAGCAAUUUGGGAUCAACCAGGGAUUAGGAUGAUAGUGAUGUAUAUUAAAGGGUAAUUCCGGUGUAAAAUGGAUUUGGGAUAUGUUUAUAUGAUAAUGAGUUGAAACGUUAGUUUUGGAGCACAAAAACAGCAUAUAGACGCUUUCUUCAGUUGGCUGUUUUUAGCCGAUUCUAUCAAACGCUAUAAACUUGGAACGAUGGGGGCACUGGUUAUGGUAAAAACUAAAUCGCUAUUUUAAACCACUUAAAAGGCAAAAAGUAGCCCGACACUUCUUUUGGUAGUAUAAUAAGGGUCUUUCAUAUAAAACGAGGCAAUGAGAACUUUGUAAGUGUACAGAUUGUUUAUUAAAAAGGACAUUUUAUACACACCAUACCAUCGGUAGAUCACCGCCAUUUUGUUUUUAAGACUCAAUAGGUAGAUUGGCGAACACAGAGCUUGCGUGUUGCUGACGGAUGUCACAAUCUCUGUGUUCGGCAAUCUACCUUUUAUGCUCUAAUGUGUUCACAUUAGACUCGAGCAAAAACAUUAUGUUCAAUUUUAAUUUUGUGUGAAAUUUUUCUUUAUUUUUUAUGAUGUGUUAAUUAAGUCCAUACAUUAUUGUUUUUAUAGUUGCUUUUAAAAGCUGGUACACAACUAUACAUUGAACCUUUUAUAAAUUAAAUUUGUUGAUUAGUUUACCAAAAAUCCAAACUUAACAUUUUUGAAAUUGUGUAGUCCAUACACAAUGUAUCUUUAUAAACAUAACCUGUCAACAUGUUUGUUUCUUUGUUUCUUUAAUCAGAGAUAAAAGCUCAGUACACUCUGUGUCCAUUAUUAAAAAUGUAAUUUCUUAAUAAAAUCCAUCAAAUCAUAUCAACAUACUUUAAAAGUAAAUAUUUGUUUCAGAGCCGGAAUGUAAUAUUCAAACAUAAACAGCGGAGGGCAGUGUUGCAAACAAGUAAUAGUUUGUGCACGUUAGUUGAUGACGUUUGUGUGCGUGUUUGUGCGUGUGUGUGCGUGUGUGCGCGCGUGCGUUGAUGUUUGCUUAGGGGGCCUGUUAAAUGCAGCGUUUUCAUAUAAAAU